UAUAUUUGAAGCUUAUUGAUUUCAAUAUACUUUAUUCCCUGCUUACCUUACUGAGUUAUUUUUAAUUAUGUUAAAUAAUAAUUGAGGCCGAGGGCAUCCUUGUCUGUUUAGAAUUUAGUAGAAAUGCCUCCAAUGUUUUUAUGUUAGAUAAGAUGCUACCUUUUAUGGUCAGAUACAGAUUUAUGAUUACUUAUAUAGAUAUAGAUGUAGAUUACCCAUGCUGCUUGGGUCUCUGUGGGUUUGAGUAGAAACAAAAAAUUUUAAGGCUGAGCCCACUGCUAUACUGUAGAUGCAACAACCAGGGAAAAUCAAUUAAUCAAAGAAACAAAAAAAUCCCUCCAAAGUCUGUGACAUUGCAGUCUUAAACAAAAAAUCGAAUGAAACAAAAAUAAAGAUGUCCAUUCCCUUCUUUUGGGUGACCAUAUCUUUACUCACUUCCUCUGUUUAUCUUUUCUGUUCCUUUUAUAGCUUUGCUUAAGUUUUUGUGUCUCAGGUUCAUUUUGUUCUGUUUCAUUUUUCAUCUGCUUUGUGAUAGCGUUUGUUAGAUCAAUUUAUUUAACUGUUGGAAGAUUAUGCUGCCCACUUUCACCAUUUUUCUUAUAGUAUCCUUGUGUGGACAAAUUAUUUUGUUACUCAUGUUUGUAUGAAAUAAAUUUUCCUAGACAAGUACCUGGAAAAAGGCAUAGUAGCUUCUGUGUUUCAAAGCUCACGUGACCCUUCUAGUGUUAGAGCAAACGACUCCUGCUCCUUAUCGCUGACCAACUUGUGUGUUGGUCACUGAGGCAGACUUGUAUGUUCAGCCCACUGUUUCCCAUAAUUCUUCACAGUGCUUACCUUCCAGGAUGAUGCAUUCACUUUUAGAAGUUGCUAAAUGUGACAUCUCUAGAUACCCCACUCCCAAGUGCUUUUCAAGCCCGCUCUUUCUGCUUCCCCCUGCAGUCCUAAUCAGAUAUUCCCUCUUAGAGGGAGGCCUUCUCACUCUAUAAGGAAAUAUUAACUAUAGUAUUCUGAACUCUGAACAGUUCAAGUCCUUAGAACCCCCUCAGCAGUCCUGGUUCUUCCUGAGUUGUCUUUGCAGUUUCCUUUUUAGGCCUUCUAUUUGGGUUUGCAUUGGAUGGCGUUUGAAUUUUUUUCUGUCUCUAGUUUUUUUGUUCAUUAUUAGGCUCGGUUACAGUUGUUUUCACUCAGGUGAGUUCCUCAUUCUGAGAAUGGAUAUUUGCCCAUUAUUUAUGAGUUCUUGUUACCUCAAGUGCUUCUUCUUUCCACACUGACCACACUGUUGUGGUUCUUGCACCACUUCUGCUAUUUUAGGUGUUUUGGGCCACACUUAAACAUAAUUUGGAAUUAAUAUUUUCUCUCUACUAGUUUCACAAAAGAUAUAAUAUAUAGAUUGGCUGGUUCUCCAUUCUCCCAGUCCCAUUAUUUUUGAUGUUUUGUAUGGUUUUCAGGAGAAGUACUUGAAAAAUUCAAAACUAAGUUGCCACUAUACUCCUGUGAAGCUUCUUGCCUCCUUGACUAUUGGUGUUCCUAGGAUUCUGUCCUUGAACAUCUUCAUAUUUUGUGUAUAUCUUCUAUAAGCAGUCACAGUAACAUUCUACCUGUAGCUUCAGCAGCAGUGAUAGUCUGACAACUGGCAAAUUCCCAUUUCCAUUCUAGGCCUAUUCUGAGCGUCUUCAUCUGUAUUUCCAACUGCCUAACGGCAAUAUCUGCCUGCAUGUUCCUCAGAAAUCUGACACCAAAUGUACAGAAUACCAAACUUGAUCUCCUUCCUGCAGGUUGCUUCCAGCCAACUCACCUCAUGUUUCUCUCAUGUACAUUACUAUAUAAAUUAGACUCUAAGCCUUAUAUCUCUGACACACCCUGUUACAAAUUUUAACACAUUUAGUAGAUGGGGGUUGUGUAUGUGUAAGUAGGAAUUUAAAUACUUUUAUGAUUUUGCUUUUUUAUGAUUUCAACUUUAUAGAAAAGUUGGAAUAGUGCAGAGAAGUCUCAUGUAUCCAAAUUCAUCAUUUACAUUUUGGGUUUUUUUGCUUUAUUUUUUUAUUUCUCCAAAUAUGUAUGUGUAAUUUUUUUUUUUUAACCAUUUGAAACUAGUUGGAGACAUGUUUCCUUUACCUGUAAAUACUUGGGUGUGGAUUUUCCAAGAACAAAAACAUUUUCUUUUAUAACUACAGUACAGUGAUCAAAAUCAGGAAAUUUAAUAUUGCCCUAUUAUAAGUAAUCCAAAAUCCAUGUUCAAAUUUGGUCAGUCAUCCCAAUAAUGUCUUUUAUUGAUUUAAAAAAAUAUUUUUUUUCCUAGAGUGCAUUGGCUAUUCACAGGCACAGUCAUAGCACACUGCAGCCUUGAAUUCUUCGGCUCAGUCUCCUCCUGCCUCCCUAGUAGCUUGGGGCUGUACUCUGCACCACUGCACCGGGCUUGAAAAUGUUUUUUGAAUAAAUGGAUGAACCCGUAUUUAUAGUACAUUUCUAAUAUGAUAUGGUUUCACUCAGAAUAUGAUACAAACAAGGUAAAUAUUAGGACUCCAGGAGAAAAUUCGAGUUUUAUUCUUGAAUACUGUCAGAACAGCUUGCUGUGCAUCCUACCCAGGUGGCUUAGUUCUAAUAGGCAUGUGUUGUUACAGUCGGCUCAUCCAGGAAUAACAGCCAUGGUUAAAAUCCUCUCAGGAGCUUGUGUGGGAGUGUGGUGCUAGAGAGUAGCAAUCAGUCACGUAAGGAAUGAACAGCUUUCCUAUGUCAGUAAAAUUCUGAAAGUUAAUUUUCCCUUUCUUCCCCUAUUUCUGGAUGUGUGGAAACAUUAAAUGGAAUGAACAUGGCUUUGAAAUUUAGGAUUCGGAUGGUCCUUUGCCCACAUAAUUGUGUGUGCUUUAGUCUCUAAGGCAAAAGGUCACUACUUUGUUCUGUUUCACAGGGCCACUUCCUUGGGCAUCCUUGGAAACUGCACCGUCUUCAUCCUUCAGAAGGCCAGGAGGCCCCAGAGCUCAGCCUGAGUUCUAGGAUGGUACUUUGGCCCCAGCAUUAACAUUGUAGUGCUGUGUCAUUUCCCUGGUAUCAGGUUAUAAAGUAAUUCUCCAUUGAAGCAAGACAACAAACUAUAUGGUGGAGAAAGUAGAAAGGAAAUCUGUCCAGAAGAAGCCUGAGAAGAAGAUGAGCAGAUAGAAAGCAGAAAGAUUUGGGAGGCAAGUUGCAUCCAUCUCCAAUAAAGUACAGACUGAGAAGAAAAACAGUGAAUAUAAGAAAAUUGGAAAAGUACUUCUGAUCUCAGACCUUAUAUCUUUUAAGGCCAUAUACAGAGAAGCCUUAUAAAUGUAAGAAAUGUGGAAAUAUCUUCAGCCAAAAGUAAAUUCUGAUUCAUCAAAAAAUUCAUACUGGAGAGAAACCUUGUGAAUGUGGGAAAGCUUCCAUUCAGAUGUCACACCUCAGUCAGCAGAGAAUUUACAGUGGGGAAAACCCCUUUGCCUGCAAGGUAUGUGGGAAAGCCUUCAGCCACAAAUCAAAUCUCACUGAACAUGAACAUUUUCAUAAUAGAGAGAAACCUUUUGAAUGUAAUGAAUGUGGAAAAGCCUUUAGCCAAAAGCAGUAUGUCAUUAAACAUCAGAACACCCAUACUGGAGAGAAGCUUUUUGAAUGUAAUGAAUGUGGGAAGUCCUUCAGCCAGAAGGAAAACCUCCUUACCCAUCAGAAAAUUCACACUGGAGAGAAACCUUUUGAGUGUAAAGAUUGCGGGAAAGCUUUCAUUCAGAAGUCAAACCUCAUCCGACAUCAGAGAACUCACACAGGAGAGAAGCCCUUUGUAUGUAAGGAGUGUGGAAAAACCUUUAGUGGCAAAUCAAACCUUACUGAGCAUGAGAAAAUCCAUAUUGGCGAGAAACCCUUUAAAUGUAGUGAAUGUGGAACAGCUUUUGGCCAGAAGAAGUACCUCAUAAAACAUCAAAACAUUCACACUGGAGAGAAACCCUAUGAAUGUAAUGAAUGUGGAAAAGCCUUCUCUCAACGAACAUCACUUAUUGUACAUGUGAGAAUUCAUUCAGGUGAUAAACCUUAUGAAUGCAAUGUAUGUGGAAAAGCAUUCUCUCAGAGUUCAUCUCUUACUGUCCAUGUGAGAAGCCACACAGGUGAGAAACCCUAUGGUUGUAAUGAAUGUGGGAAAGCUUUCUCUCAAUUCUCAACCCUUGCUCUGCAUUUGAGAAUACACACAGGUAAGAAGCCUUAUCAAUGUAGUGAAUGUGGGAAAGCUUUCAGCCAGAAGUCACACCACAUUAGACACCAGAAAAUCCAUACUCAUUAAAAGCCCUGUGAAUACCUUGAAAAUGGCAAAGUUUUCAUUAGGAAUUUACCCCUCAUAGUGCAUCAGAAAUACUGAAGCAGAGCACCAUAAAUGAGUUAAACUAACAAAUAACUAAAAACUUGUGGGAUACCAGAAAAUUCAUACUGAAGAGAAAGUCAUUUGUAUGAUAAAAAGCCUACAAAAAAACUUAGAGCAAAUGUAAUGCUGAAACUUUAGACACAUUUCCACUACAAUGGAAACAGAAAACAUGACUUAUCAUUGCUCUCAUCGUAGAUCUGAAGAUCUUCACCAGUGUAAUAAGGAAAAUACAUUGUAAGUAUUGAAAAUGAAGAGACAAAUAAUAGGAUCAACUACAAAUGUAAAUUAUUAUAAGACUCUUGUAUUGAUUCAACAGAGUGGAAGAGAUUCCAGAAAGAGAUCUAUGCAUUUAUUAGAAUUUAGGAUAUUAUAGACAUAGCAUCAGGUGAGGCAAUAAUGGGACUAUUUUUAAAAAUGAUUUGGAGGUAAUUUUUCCUCCAAGGGGAAAAAAUAGACCAUGAACUAUAAACAAAAAUGAAAUCUACAGAGAUUAAAAACAGUAAUAUGAAAAAGCUAUAUUCUGAGAUGGUUAUGACCUUGGGAAGUAGGGAAACAUUCCUUGUAACAACUUCAGAAAUACUUAUUAAUUCUACUUGUGAGUAUAUAUGCUCAGGAAAUAAUGUACCAGGAUAUUAACUAUGGCUUGAUUUGUAGUAGACAAAACUUGGACACAAGUACUCAUCAGGAACAAAAUGGAAAAUACUUAUGAUGAAAUACUAUAUAUCUGUCAAAUGCAACAAAUGAGAUCCACAUGUAUUAACAGAUCUGAAAAAUCAUGUUGAGGGGGAAUCAAGUUGCAGCAUGAUGCAUAUAGUACAGUGACUUUGUAAAUUUUAAUUAAAACUUCCCUCACAAAAUUCAGUACUGUAUACUGGUAAUGGAUACAUAUAUGUAUGUAAAUGUUUUGAAAUGAAUUGGAAGGAUACAGACCAAACUCUUGAUGGUGGUCACCUGUGAAGAGUGGAGAAGGGAAGGGAAUGUGUGUGGGAGGUGGGGUGGGGAUUGGUUAAAGGGGACUUCAGCUUUUUAUAUAAACAUCCAUUUCUCUUUAAAAAGACUGUAAGUAAACAUAAAGAUACUAGUUAAUUCUGGAUUGUGGUAUAUGGAUAUCUUGUCUUAUUUUUUGUACUUUUCUGUAUUUUUAAAAUUUCUCAAAAUUAAUAAGAAUAGGGAAGAGGAUGGGAAUGCUGUACCUGUAGAAAUCAUGUUAUAAUGGAUUCAUUCCCAAUCAAAUACUAAACUUUUUAUAGAAAAUAUUUCUAAAAUUUUAUCAACAAUGAAUGGAUGGACUUGCUCUCUAUGUAAUAUGAAAUUAUCUAUUUUAUUAAAAUUAAAAAUGACAGC